GUCAUGGGCGUUGAAGCUCUCAUCUAUGUCAUCGCCAUGGCUGUUCGGCUGGGCCCAGGAGAAACGUUUAAAUAGCGAGAGCCUACCUAGGCCAGGCGCUCACACCAUUUCAGUCAGCUUUCGCAAUCGCCGAAUCAUUGCGUCGUAGAACCAAAAAUUCUCUGCUGCGAUAAUCCACCAACCCUGCUCAACAGCCUUCCUACCCUGUGUCCCAACCAUCAUGUCCGAGGGCAACCAAUCCCAGCAGCCAAGCCUCGUAGGAGGCCAUGUCCAGUACGCAAAGGGCGCCGCCGAGGUCACCAUCGGUGGACUCACUGGCUCGCAGCCGUGGAAGGUGUCGGGCGAACAGGACAAGGCCGCGGGCAUCGCCGCCAUGCAAAAGGCAGGAGAGAAGCGCGACCCCAAUAAGGGUUACGGGAAGGCCGAGGAGAUUGCCGGCAAGUGGACGGGGUGCGAGGGCAUGCAGAAGGAGGGCGCGGCCAGCAAGACGCACCAGGAGUGAAGUGAAGUAUUAAGUGAGGCGGACUCACCCUCGUGUGGCCGGGAGCCUGGGUCUCACUGAUGUAUGAUAUGAUAUGACAAUACCGUAUUGAGUUGACGGCGCAUGGGCAUCGAAUUCAAGG